AAGCUCAUCAAGAAGGUUGUGAUGCGUGGACCUGUUCUCCUGGGAGGAUGGUCGUUCGGGGGUAUCGUCGCCAUCCAGAUGGCCCACCUCCUGGCCAAGGAGGGCCGGGGCCUCGUGUGCACAGGACUGUUACUGGUCGAUACGGUUUACCUUUCGCCGACCCGGUCCUCCGGCUCCGGUGGCAACUCUAACCUCAGAACCAUUGCUCCUGCCAUGCCUGCUGAUAUGGCACUGGGCACCCGCGACGAGAUCCUGGCCUCCUUGGUCCGCGCCAACGUCCUUUGCUCAUCCUGGCGACCACCCUCGUGGGACUUGCGCGUCAUGCCGCGGACUGUGCUAGUCAAGGCCAUGGAUUGCAUUCCACUGUCGGCCCCGCACGGCGCGAGUGAUGGCGGCUUGUGCCGACUCGACGCGCUGAGGGACCAGGGUGACCUUGGCUGGGGUGAGCUGCAGCCGGGGCUUGUAUGCGCCGUGGUGCACACGCCGGGUCACCACUACGCUCUUUUUGCCGACGAGAACUCAGCCAGCAUGCUAAAGGUCAUGGUGUCAACCCAAGAUAGAGGCGACUCACCAAAGCAUUGGACUCGCGGGCCAUCGCCGCCUUCCCCUACGUCUGACUUGUGUCGUGACGAGGGCGUCAGCCAAGAACUACAACCUCUGAUCGACGAUCGUCCGCGCCGAUGGGCUGCUCUCAUCCCGGUCGUCAUCUGGAUCCAGUGGGCCAUCAUAGCCUGUCUUUCCGUCAGCAUCCUCGUCGUUUGGUCCCAGCGCCGUGUCCUUCCCGCAGAUCCGAAGCCGACGGCGGCCGGGCUGUCGCCCAUUGAGCCCAUGGUACCGGAUGGUGUCACUAAGGCCAAAGAGCCCCUGAACUACGGCUACUACGUGGCUGAGACGAUACCCUACGACAUCUUCCACAAUGUGUCUAUGCUAGACCGGCGGCUAUCCGAUCUCGAGUACGCCAAUGUUGCCACGGGGGUCAAGGCUAACGGGCAAUAUGGUGUCUACAUCGAUGAGGCCGGCCAACAGCGGUUCCUCCACCCCAAGCUGACUGGAAGCAAUAAGACAGAGGCCUAUCUUGUAUCCGGUUUACAUCACUUGCACUGCAUGAUGGAGACACUGCGUGACUACGGACUACUCCUGAAUGGGUUCCGGCCGCUAUGGAAUGACCACCACGUCAUACACUGCUUUAACAAAUGGUACCAGUCUAUCAAGUGUGAGGCCGAUAGCACUGGUGAGGGGUAUAGGGAGCCGUUUGGGAGCGUACGCGAGGUCAACCGCGCUAGCUGGGGCAGCAGUGUGCCGCGGUGUCGCGACUUUGGCGCCCUCGUGCGCUGGGCCCAGGACCCGGUGCGGGUGCUGCCCUUCCGCUACGACUCGGGUCUUGACGUGAGGGCAUUGUCUAGGCUGUCUGGGGAAUGCGAUGUGACAAAGUGCCGCGACGAGGAGGGUUGGAAGGGCUUGGCUUGACUAAACGUUGCUGGCGGUUUUAUUUUCUUUUGCUAGAGGCGUGCAUCUUCCUAGGACCGACCGCCCUGUAACGACAUUUUCAUGGCAUCACACACACAUACACACAUACACACUUACACACGCAUUUACAUAGUAAAGUAUCAUGCGGUUGCCUCGCCAAAG